AUGGCAUCACCCCCAGCACGUGUGGAUCCGAAUAAUGUGCAAGAUUCACUUGAUUCAACAAUGCCAUGGAUAGGCAUGUACAUUGCAGCAGCUUCUGCUGUCUGCACACUUUCAAUGGCGGCAGAUGCUUUCAUUGGCUUCCGAAGCAAGAAGUAUUGGCUCCCGUGUAAGUAUUUCUCUCUCAACGCUUUCUCCCUCACACUGUUAGCAGUAGCCAUGAAACUACCCGUCGAUCUAACAAGCUUGGAAACAACCAGCAAGGAGAAACAAACUAGGAUUAGCAGCCUCGUUUUGAUGUCGACUGCCAUGAGUAAUUUCAUGACAUCUUUGGGUUCCAUGGACAAUAAUGAGAUUUUACUAAACAUGGCAGCUUUAGGCAUUCUUGUCAUCACUAUUGCUGGAAACAUAUGCAUUCAUCUUGUUCAGAUGCGUAGCUUUCAAUAUAUGUUAUAUGUAUUGCUGCCUCAACAGGUUACAUCAGCUGUCAUAAUGCUCCUCUUUCUCGUGAUGUUAUGUUGUAUGUCGUUGAUGAUUCCGGGAGCUAAGAGAUACAUAGAUUUGAAGUAUAAUGAAAUGCACAAAUCGGUUUCGAAUAGACAAGUAGAGUGGGGAAGGUUUAGUCGUGAUGAACUUGAAAAUAUGGUGAAAGGGUAUUGGGUGAUGGCUGCAACUAGCAGCCCUCAGUUUGUUCUGGCAAGGUCUGCCAUUUCUUCUAUAUCCGGACUCUUGUGUGUUUUCACAGCUCUAUUUUUGGUACAAGCAUGGUUUGUAAAAUAUGGUUCGAGCAUGGAUACCGACAGUACCAACAAUACCGGUCCCAUCGUUUCUACUGUGUUUCUUACUUCGGAUUAUGGAUGGUCCGUCAACUGGAUUUUAAUCAUUCAGUCCCUUGGAGUGGCAAUGGGAACUAUUGCUCCUCUGUUGAGAUGGUUUGCUGCUUCGUGGUUCAAGAUUUAUGAGAUGGAGCGAACGAGCUUAGGAGAUGAACUCAUGGUUGAAAAUUACUGGACUUGGAGGCUGGUAGAAUGGAGAGACAGAUUGAUUCCGUUUCAAGUUCAAAACCGCGUAAGCAAGAAGCUACUUCGUGAUGCAGUCGGAUUUGUUCUGAAUUUCUGCAUUGGAGUUCAGAUUCUCUUUGUUUCAGCUGGAAAACUAGUUAUAUUCCUGUCUGCAAGGUUUGGUAGUUCAGUUUUAAGGGUGGGAAGAUCUGAAUCAAGUGAUGGAACACAAGUGGAUUUUAGGCAAUAUGUUCUUCUACUUGAAGGGGAGCCACAGUUGCCUACUAAAGUCCUCGAGAACAUAUGCAACGAGGCGGAUAGACUGAUAAAGACAGGCGAAAAGAAGCAGCCCAAGAAUCUGAUCCAACUUCUAAAGAGAUCUUCAAAAUUCGAUGGGGUGGGACGAUUUGACAGCAGCCAAGUUCCAAGUUUGCAUUCUCAAGAGCCUCCAAAUUGCUGGUCUCUGCCCGUGGUGACUUUGACGACAAUUUCAGUCGCUCUUCUCAACGUUGCAGAUGAUAAGGCUAAACAGUUAUUGGCUAGUGUUAGCGAGGGCUUGUCCAUUGUGAAGCUCAUUGAGGAAACUCUAGACAGAUCCGGGGAGUUAGAAAACAUCAGAAAAGCAGCCGUCGUGGUUUGGGAUGGAGUUGAAUUGUACAAAAGAUGGGAUGAGACAGAUUUGAAGAGCACGAGAGUGAGAGGCACAACGCAGAAGGAAACACUGCAAAAUCUUUCUAACAUGGCAGAAAAGAUUGUGACAGAUUUUACGGCUCAAACGAGAGAUAUUCUAAUGCAGAAUCCUGUAAACUGGCCUGAUAGAGUUAUAGCGGCUAACUCAAUGUACAGGAUUGCUCAAACGAUCUUGGUAGGAUUGGGAGAAGGAGAACACCAUGAUGGUGAUGAGCUAUUUGAGGGUGUAUCCAUGACCAUCUCGGAUAUACUAGCAGCGUGCCUCACCAAUCUAGUGCAGGUCAUAACAUUGAACUGUCACAAAAACAACAUCAAAGAAAGGGAAGAAAGUAUGAGGCGAGCAGCCAUUCUUCUUGGCGAGAGCAAAGAGAUUUUUGAAAUUCUGCAGCAGCGUGAGCUUCCGAGUUUAGAUGAGGAGAAAGCUGCUAAGAUAGACGAGUGGAUGGCAUCCAUUGCACUGGAUAAUGAAAAUCCUUUGGCCUCUGCUUCAGCAUCAUCAAGUGACACUUCAACAGCAAUGUUGUAG